AAUCUUUACGGGCGCAAUCUAUUCGGUACGAGUAACUAUUCUAAGUCGCGGCACGUCAAAGCUUUUCUUCGUAGAAGUUGUCCGUAAAGUAAAAACCAGUCUGAACGCGCGCUACCGCUCGUGCUGCGCGCGCGCCCCGCUCCCGACGCACGCGCGCCCGCGCGCGCGCUAAGCCUCCCCCUGCUAUAUAAGCCGAGCCGCCCUUCCUGAUUCACUCAUUCCCUUCUGACGCUUCGUGCGCGCAUGUCGCUCUCUCUAUCGUAGUGAUAGUUCGUAAUAAGUUCGUAGCAUUAACGUUAGUUAAGAUGUGUUUAGCUAAGGAAGAGAAUUCACCGCAGAAGGAGGUGUCGCCUCCAAGGUCGCCUUGGGCAAAGCUUCUGAACCGACAGAACUCCAAACCGAGGCUUCCUCGUAAAGUGGCGAGCUCUACGCGUGUGAAUCUUAACAAGUGCUGGUCGAAGCUUGGAGAGCUCAUCUCCAACAAUUCACCACGCGCUGACCUGCCAUCACAAAAGACUGCAUAUCCUGAGGAACCUAUUAUAGUGCCUUUCUCCGACUUUUUCUAUCCCUUGGACCCGGUUAAACCGGCGCCAGUGGAAGACGACAACGCUGAGAACCAGAACAUCGUCAACACGAGUCGGUUCGAGCUGAUUUCCGAUUCUGAAAUCAACGACAACAUGGCCAAUGAAGUACGGGAAAUCUGCUACGCCGCUAACAAGCACAACUGUUUCGUAUGUAAGAUUUGUUAUUAAUCUAACGCAAGAUUUGCUCAAUCGUACUGUCUUCCAUUUUUCCAUUUUUCUUUUCUGAUUUAAUCAUUAAAAUUUUCGGUAAAGAUGCAGUGAAAACAAAAUCUUGUCUUCCAACAAGUAGAUUUAGUAGCUCGCAGUUCGCGGGCUGUCCAUGUCUUCCAUUAGACUUAGUUCAGUGAGUUGGUGAUGCAACGCUUUCGGCUUAGAGUUUAAAUGUGAUUUUAGGUGUCGUAUAACUGUGAUCUCUAGCAUUAUAGAUGUCUCUGAGCGAACGCGGUGUAACAUCACUCGCUAUAAAUUAGUUUCGAUGUAAUGUAACAGUAUAAAAUUGUCCAUUCAAGUUUUGGUAGACAGCUUUAACGACAAACUGCACUGUAAUUAUCAACGCACCAGUUUCAGGCUAUCUUCUCAAAUUCUUGAUCUUAGCAGUAUCUGCUUAGUUUUGUCUGUUUAUCUGUGUCCAACGUCUUCCAUUAGUUGUAAGAGAGUUCUAUUAUAUGUUGUCUGUGAUACAAAAAGUUUAUGAGUAAACAAAGCUUUAAUUAGAUUAAAUAAAAUAAUUAUUUGAAGGUAAUUAAGUUCUAGUUGGUAACUUUGAUAUUGAGUGCUCGGGAAUGUUAGUAAUGUAUUUUACUCAAUAGGUAUCAAAUCCAGUGUUUAGUUAAGUGCUUAUAAUGUAGUUUUUGGUAUAUAAUAAGUUAUAAGACAUAUCAGUGACAAAAGCUUUAAUAGUUAUUAAUUUUGUACAUUACUGAUUGAACGAAAUUAUUCAAAUGUUCAUUAGUUAUGUAAUUUAGUUUGUACAAUCUAAAACGGGCCGAAUGUGUCAAUUAUUUAGACUGUAAUUUAGAAAUUUCUUAAAGUAGCUAUAAGUUUAAUUUUAUUUGAUGUCUUGCAUCUUUAGUUUUUGGUUUAUUUGAAUUUACUUAAUGAAUUCUUCCUUAUGUGUCAAUUACUUAAGGUAAUAAUUGUCCUUUUAAUGUACCAUUCGAUUUCUCUUUUUUGGCAUUAGAUUUAGUUUAGUAUAAUAUUUGUUAAGGAAUUUCAAGACUUUCGUUUGAUCUCCCAGUCUUAAUAAAUAUCAACUUAUUCAAA